CUUCAAGAUGAUGUUUGCGGCAAUGCUGAAGAUAUUUACAAUUAUAGCAGCCCUCUCAGGCCACAUCAGCAGUGUUACAGUGACAGUCCCACAAAACCCAGUGAAUGUCACCGUUGGUGGAAAUGCCACACUUCUCUGCACUUACACGACAUCACCUCUGGAAAAACUUCUUAUUCAGUGGACCUUCUACAAUGCCAAGGAGAAGCAACAGAGCACAAUCUAUUUUUAUCAGGAUGGACAGUCGUAUGAAUAUGGAAAGUUUCAGAAUAGAAUCACAGCUGCAACAAACCCAGGAAAUGCAUCAAUAACAAUCUCUAACAUGCAGCCCUCAGAUACAGGCCUCUAUAACUGUGAAGUUCUCAACCUACAAGAUCCAAAUAGACAGAACCAAAAAUCAGUGGUCGUCAGGGUACUAGUCAAACCUUCACAGCCCCUCUGCAAUAUACAGGGAACACCUGAGUCCGGUCACAUUUCUCUUGCCUGUCAUUCACAAGAAGGGAUGCCUCCUCCUACAUACCAGUGGCAGAGACUGUCAGGGAAUACCAUCAAACCUGUGAAAGAACAAUACAAUCCAGAAACUGGGCUGCUUAUUAUUGGAAAUCUCACCACCUUUGAAACAGGAUACUACUACUGCAUUGCCAGUAACUUCCUGGGAAACAGCAGCUGUCAACUUGACCUGACUGCAACCCACUUGGAAGGAAGCAUCAUUGCUGGAGCAUUAAUUGGAGCAAUACUGUUGACAGCUGUUAUCUUCAUUAUUGUCUGCGUUUUAACCAAAAAGGAGAAGAAAAAGAGAAAAGAGAAGGCAACAAUUAAUGAAACACAGCCGAUGACUAAGAACCAACAGACCAAUCUGGAAUAUGCUGACGUCCCUAGCGAGGAAAAUAUACCUACUGCUGCAGCUCCGCUGACCAACACAACAAACGAGCAGUCUAACCCUGAGGAGGCUACUGCCCCUGGAAUACCUGAAAAUGAGGAAGUGCAAGGAAGGGAGACGGAAGAAAUGGACUAAACUGCCAUUGCAGUUUUUCUCACCAGCUCUAGACCUCGGCAGCUAUGUUAGUAUUGAAUUAGUACCGUGAGUAGUGGGGGUUUAAACCCAGAAACCUGCCUUUGUGUUAUGAACCAGAAGGCAGGCUUCCAACGAACCAAGAAACGUGUGUAUCACAACAUACAUGUUUAAAAUUGAUUACUGCAUUCACUGUCUAGCAAUGGCUACAUAUAGAUAUGAAUGUAGCAUGUCUCUGUACAUCCAACCUAUUUUAGAUUAUUAGAAUAGUUUAGAAAGCUGCAAUUUGUUACCAACAGCCAAUCAAAAACAUACAUGAGGUGUAUAAAUCCAGAGCACUUGUAAAUAGAGGAGUCAUUUCAGAAAGGAAACAGUCAGACAUCAACAGAUAAAUGUGAGGUAUGCCACAAGCAGAGAACUACAAAAGACCUACCAACUUAGCCAGGACCUUCUAACAUCUGAAGACUGGAUCUUUCACCUUGGAAUCAGUGGGAUUUAAAGAACGUAGGAGCAAACCAUUAAGUCAGAUUCAGUAAAGGACUUCCGCAGAACUUGGGUGCCUUCAUCCAAAAUCAGAGUCCCAAAAGCCCACACUAAACUUUUGCCUAACCCUGGAGCAUCUAAACUUCAUGUGUUCCAAAGUUCCCCAAAUGGCUGGUGCUGCAUCGCCGUAUUCAUCCCCGUCCUGACAGUUUCUAGCCUUCAGCACUUCAAGGCAAGUUCAUGAUUGCAACCAAUCAGGAUCCAGAAAUUGGGAAACCAUCUAGGUCUCUGCAAGGGGCUCAAGGUGACAAGUGUACAACAAGAAAGUCUAGCAUAUACUGAUAAGAUUGGGCUCUUCAAACUGCAGUUUCAGCUUUCACUUUGCUUUGAAAUAUGUAGGGGAGAGGGGAAAUGAUGCUGCACCCCUUCUGUAUAAUUGCCUAGGAAGUAGAAGACCAAAGCUCAGCACCUUGUUCUCCUUGUAGGGAUUCAAGUUUCUCUCAAUGGGCUAGAAACAGAUCCCCUCUUGUAGUUUCUCUGAUCCAAUAAGCUUUGUUGUUUUUUUCUUUCUGCACCACCGCACAGGAUGGGUAAAGUGUGAUUUCACCUAUACUAGCCUAUAGCCUGGUAGGAUCAAAUACCUCCAGGGAAGAGGGAACUGAGCACUUCCAGUACAGGUGCCCUAAGCCACCACACUAUUAUAUAGAGGCAGGGCUUCCGUGCUCGUGUUCUUUCAUACACUGGUUGAGACAUCAGCUCAGCAUCCCACAGCUGUUUGCAGCAUUUUUAAAAUGCUGUUGUGCCGUAGUUGAAAAUUGAAAAGGACAGAAUUCCAACACUACUGAAAGCAAUGACACCAGGAUUUCACACUAAGAUUUCCAGCCCCCUCCCCACCUUUAUAAUCUCUAAGAUGGGGGACAAAUUUCAAAUUAGUCUCGGCCCUUAAUUUUAAAUGAAAGCUUGCCCAAGCAAAGAUUAAGCCUGGACCUUUUACAUUUUCUGUUAAGGGUAACAGGUUUCCUGUAAUUACAUCUAAACCACCCUGUGAACAUGACAGCCUGAGGCAUUCAACAAGCUCAGUAGUAAAAGAAAAAGUGACAAGAAAGUACCUCUAACUCAUUUUGGCUGCUUGCAAA